AAAAAAAAGAUUUCUAUAACUCGCUGCCAUUCCGACCUGUAUCUGAGAAAGGCGCGUCUCUUCCCUUUCAAGGGACGACCUCCAUAUCAACUUAAUCAAACGACCUUGAUCUCCAUCUCUUCUCUUCUCUGUUCUGCCCUACAAAAUCAUUCAGAUUCUGGUCUGCUUUUACUGUCAAAUCUGUAUCAGUUGGUGAAGAACUGGUAGGUGAAUCUCAUACUGCUGGAAAGCUUUUUCAUUCUACUUCAUGACACAACUAACAGUAUGUGAAUCAGAAUUUCCUGCAAAGAGAUAUUGUUGAUUUACACAGAGGCGCCAGAAAAAAGUGGAUUGCAUCUUCGAAUUUUCUAUUGGAAGAUAUCGUCAAUUUUCUAAGCAGUGCUCAAACUUUUCGUUUUUCUUACAAAAUUUCUUUUGCACAAGAUAAGUAUCCUUUAUAUUGAUAUGAAAGGGAAAAGUGUUUUUGAAAGUGAAUUAUUUAAUUUAUUCAAAAUUUUACAUUAGUAGAUAGUUUUCCAAUUUCAGACUACAAAAAGCUUUUCUAACUCAACAAACAAAAGCGUUUUCUAACUUAACAAGUAAAAGCGUUUUCCAAAAUUUUCUUUUGAGCAGUAAUUUUUCAAAUGGGAAAGAAAAAUGGAGCUUGAAAGUGGAAAACUUUUUUUAAACUUUUUUUUACAAGUAAAUGGCUUCUAAUGAUUUAUACUUUUCAGUUUGAGUUUGAAUUACAAGGAAUGGAGGCAGGGAGAAACACUGUGGUGAGAGUCCAAAGCCUAGUACAAGCAGGCCUAGCAGAGAUCCCUUCCCAAUAUAUCCAGCCCCAUGAGAAUCGACCCAUCCAUAAGAAAGACAAUGGCGCUGGUAUUAUGAAUAUUCCAGUGCUUGACUUGUUUGGGUUUGAUCCAGAACACAGAGAUUCAGUUAGAAAGGCAAUUGGUGAGGCUUGCAGGGAAUGGGGGGCAUUCCAAGUAACCAACCAUGGGGUUCCCAUCGAAUUAAUGGACCAGAUAAGGAGUGUUGGCUUUUCUUUUUUCAAUGAUUGCCCCUUUCAAGACAAGCUCAAGUACGCAUGUGAUCCCACUUCCGCGGCCUCCGAAGGAUAUGGAAGCAAGAUGCUAGUUGACAACUCUAACUGUGGUGUCUUGGACUGGAGGGACUACUUUGACCACCACACUUUACCUCUUUCUCGACGUAAUCCUUCUCGUUGGCCUCACUUCCUUCCCAAUUACAGGGAAGUCGUGGGGAAGCAUAGUGAUGAAAUGAAGGUGCUUGCUCAGAAGUUAUUGGGCCUCAUCUCAGAAAGUCUGGGGCUACCAUCAUCUGGCAUUGAGAAUGCAGUUGGUGAAUUCUAUCAGAAUAUUACCAUCAGCUAUUACCCUCCUUGUCCUCAGCCUGACCUCACACUAGGACUUCAGUCUCAUUCUGAUAUGGGUGCCAUCACACUUUUAAUUCAAGAUCAAGUUGAGGGUCUUCAGGUUUUGAAGGAAUCUCAGUGGUUCACUGUGCGCCCUUUAUGUGAUGCCAUUGUUGCCAUUCUUUCUGACCAAAUUGAGAUUAUAAGUAAUGGGAAGUACAAGAGUGCUCAACAUCGAGCCAUAACUAAUUCAAGGCGGCCAAGACUCUCCGUUGCGACAUUUCAUGACCCAGCCAAGAAAAUGAAAAUAUCCCCUGCUUUUCAGCUUGUUAAUGAGUCUUCCUCUCCUAGGUACCGUGAGGUUAAUUAUGAAGACUAUGUGUCAUCAUGGUACUCUAAGGGCCCAGAAGGAAAACGAAACAUUGAUGCACUUCGUAUUAAUUUUUAGAUCAUUGGGCUCAAAAAAAUGUGGCCUACAUUUGAUAAGACACAUUAAGAAUAAUCAUGAAUGUUUUGAUAAUCCUAUUUGUAUUAAUGUAAUUUUCCUCUUUUUGGUUAAUGCAGUUGUCUUUCAUGAGUA